GGUCAACCCUAAACCCUAAUCGAAUGCCCGUGUUAUGUAUAUAUAAAACUCGUCUCUUCUCACAUUUUUAGGGUUUUCUUCACAGCCGUCAAACUCUCUGGUUUUGCAUCGCUCUUCGUCACUCUUCAUUUCAAUUCACCAUGGUCGCCGCCAAGAAAACUAAGAAGACUCAUGAGAGUAUCAACAGUCGGCUCGCUCUCGUGAUGAAGAGCGGAAAGUACACCUUGGGAUCUAAGACUGUUCUUGAGUCCCUCAGAGGCUCCAAAGCCAAACUGGUUAUCAUUGCCAACAACUGCCCUCCACUUAGGAAGUCUGAGAUAGAGUACUAUGCAAUGUUGGCAAAGGUUGGAGUCCACCACUAUAACGGGAACAAUGUAGACCUAGGGACUGCUUGUGGCAAAUAUUUCAGGGUUUGCUGCCUCAGCAUUAUUGACCCAGGUGAUUCUGAUAUUAUUAAGAGCAUGCCUAGUGAUCAUUGAGUGAAACUUUAGUGGAGAACACGCUCCAGAAAGAUUUUGGUCCAUUUCCGAUUAGAAAUUUGCUUGGUUGUUUCUCUACAAGAAGUCCAACUAAUGUUUCAAUUAGAUGUGCUCUUUCUCUUUUAACUUUGCUUUAAAUGCAAGAUGGUGUUGAGGUUUUAAGUUGAACAAACAUAUUUCUUUGAGACCUAUUUACCUUUUAUGUGAUAUUCUUGGUUUUGUUACCUGGUUGAUGGCUGAUUUAAAUUCU